AUGCUGCGGCUUUACUUCCACAAGUACCAAGAGGAGAUCCGGGCCUUCGUGGCCCUUGCUGUUCAUGCAGUUUGGUGCUGCGUCAGGUCUCUCGGGCCGCAGACCCGCUUCGAUUUGCUGCUAGCAGCAGCAGCAGAAUGUUUGGGAGCAGCAGCAGCAACAAACUGGGAGCGGGCGCGGCUGCCGGAUCAGUUUGCUGAAGCAGCAGCAACUUUUGGAAUGCAGCAGCAGCAGUUGCAGCAGCUGCAGCAGCAGCUGCAGCAGGGGCCCCCAAACCCUUUCCAAAACCCUUCCUUUUUAAAUGAAUUAGUUGGCAGCAUUAUUUUGCCAAAUGUGCCAUUAAGAGACAAAGAUCUUGAGCUGCUGCUGGAGUCUCCUCUGGACUUCGUGAGAAGAGAGCUGGAGGGAUUUUCUUUUUGCCUUCAUUUGCCUCGCCGCAGCAGCGUGGCGGAUUUGGUGAAGGCCUUGGGGCGGCAGCAGCAGCAGCAGCAGCAGCAGCAGCUGCAGCAGCAGCUGCAGCAGCUGCUGCUCGGCCUCGUGCAGCAGCUCGCCGCCCAGGCCGAAGCAGCAGCAGCGGGACAGACAGAAAGAGGCAGCAGACUUCUCGAGUCUGCUGCUUUCCUUAUGACUGUAGUUGCCAGCAGGCAAACUGCAGCAGCAGCAGCAGCAGCAGCAGGGGCGGUGGGAGCGGGAGCGGGGGCUCCACAGAUCGCGGGCAGCCCAGCAGCAGCAGCAGCAGCAGCAGCGGCGCCAACAGCAGCAGAUAUUGCCAACUUCUUCAACGCCCACCUAGCCAAAGAGCUGCAGCCGCAACAGCAGCAGCAGCAGCAGCAGCAGCAGCAGCAGCAGCAGCAGCAAAGGUCGCCCAUCGCCGUAGGAGCAGCACUGAAGUUUCUCGCGUACUUCAGGAGGCAGCUGCCGCCCGAGCUGGUCCGCGCGCAGCUUGCUGCAGUAUCCGAGCUGUUGAUACACCCCAAUUUGCUGCUGCGCGCUUAUUCCGCCUUUUGUUUUGAUCGCAUUUUAAUUUCAAAAAUUAAUUCCAAAAGAUUAAUUGAUUUGGAGCAGCAGCUGCCGCUGCUGCUGCAGUCUUUGUCUCGUCUCCAGAUGUGUCUUUCGACUUACCCAAAUGACCAAAAUGAAUUUGCUUUAAAGGCGCUGUCGAGGCUGCUGCUGUUUCUUGGAGCUGCUGCAGCGACAGAGUCGCAGCAGCAGCUGCUGCUGCUGCUGCUGCAGCAAAUCAAAGCAGCAGCGGCACAGCCGGGGAACCCCAUCUACUGCCACUAUCUCUUCGAGGCCCUUGCAGCUAUUUGCAGGCUCGCAUCCCAGCCGCGUGCUGCUGCUGCUGCAGCAGCAGCAGACCAGCAGCAGCAGCAGCAGCAGCAAGUAGAGAGCCAAGUGGUCCCGGUGCUGUCUGUUUUAAUCCAGCAGGGGCAGCACGAAUUCACACCCUACUGCUUCCAGAUACUGGGGGUGCUGCUGGAAGGCGCUUCUCGUGUGGGGACUUUGAGCAGCAACGGGCUGUACGUACAGCUGCUGGAGCACCUGCUGCAGCCGCAGCUGUGGGGUGCUUCUCAAGGGAAUGUUCCUGCUUUGGUGCGGCUGGUGACUUUAUUCCUGCGGCAGCAGCAGCAGCAGCAGCAGCAGCAGCUGCAGCAGCUGCUGCAGCAGCGAGUCGCUGCGCUGCUCGAGAGGACCCAGUACUGCCUCUACCACAGGAGGCUCGCUGCUACUGGCUUCGACCUUCUUAACGCCAUCUUCAGGUUCAUGGACUUCGAGGCGUACAGACAGCUGCUGCCCACGCUGCUGACGGUGCUGCUGAAGAAAGCCCAUCAGCUGCAGCAGCAGCAAUUCAACGCAGCACUAACUCAUUCGCUGCUGCUCUUCCAGUGUCGGUGCCCCGACUUGACGGCGCUGCCGAACGGGCUGGAGCAGCUGCAGCAGGGGCUGCUGCAGCAGUUUGUUGCUGCUGUUAUAAUUCCUUCAAUCAGCAGCAGCAUGAUUGCAGGUUGUUCAAUAUACAAGCGGCGAGUCUUUUUGAUGGGGUUGGCGAGGCUUGCUGCUGCUGCUGCUGCUGCUGGCCCUGCAGCAGCGGGAGCGCAGGACGCUGCUGGCGCUGCUGCUGCUCCUGCCGCUGCAGCAGCAGCAGCAACGCCAGCAGCAGCAGACCAGGAGCUGCUGAACGACAUCUUCGACACUCUCGAAAUGCUCAUCAAGGGACACGACUUCGACGCAGCAGGGAAGGAACGGACGGACCGCAGGGCGGCCUACUUCGACGCAGAUGAAGAGGGAGACGGCACUGAGCAGCGGGCCGAGUUUGACGUCAACUUCUCCCGCCUUGCCAUAGCAGACACAGCGCCGAUCGUCGACUACAAGCAAAAGCGCCAAGAGGAGCAGCAGCAGGAAAAGCAGGAGCAGCAGCAGCAACAGCGGCAAGAGGAACAACAGCAGGAGCAGCAGGAGCAGCAAGAGAGGCAGCAGCAGCAAGAGCCUCCCCAGGAACAGCAGCAGCAGCGACAGCCGCCACAGGAACAGCAGCAGCAACAGCCGCAGCAGCAGCAGCAGCAAGAGGGACAACAGGAACACCAGCACGAGCAGCAGCAGCAGCUCCCAGAAAAACAAUCUCCCUCGCCUGCUUCUCCGGAAAGAGAUUUAGUUGCUCCCAAAGAAGCUGAGAAGCAGCAGCAGCAGCAACAGCAACAGCAGCAGCAGCAGCAGGAGUCUCCGGAGAAGCCGCAACAGCAGCAGCAGCAGCCUGUUGAGGAUGAGCAGCAACAGCAACAGCAGAAGCAGCAUGACGGCCCGGAUGAGGAGCAGCAAGCCUUCGCGGCUUCUGCACAAAAACGGCAGCAGCAGCAGCAGCAGAAGCAGCAGCAGCAAGAGCAUUCAGAAGAGAACACUCAGCCCCAGCAGCAGCAGCAGCAGCAGCAACCUCCUGAGGACGACACCCCACAGCAACAGCAGCAGCCUGCUGAGGAGGGAACCCCACAGCAGCAGCAGCAGCUGCCGCAGCAGCAGCAGGAGCAGCAGCAUAACGGCCCUUCAAAAAGCGAUCCUCUUUCUCCAGACCCUCUGCCGCCACAGCAGCUGCAGCAACAGCAGCAGCAGCAGCCGCAGCCGCAGCAGCAACAGCAGCCACAGCAGCAACAGCAGGAGCACUGCAAAGCAGCUGAGGACGCCGCGCUGCAGCAGGAGCAGCCAAAACAACCAGACAAUGAGGGGGCGCAACAGCUGCAGCAGCCAAAGGAGCAGCAGCCGCAGCAGCCGCAGCAGAAAGAGCAGCAGCAGCGGGAGCAGCAGCCGCAGCAGCAGAAGCAGCGGCAAAAGCAGCAGCAGCAGGAAAAACAGCCGCAACAGCAGAAGCAACAGCAGGGGCAGCAGCAGCAGCAGCAGCAGAAGCAACAGCAGGGACAGCAGCCGCAGCAGCAGAAGCAGCAGCAGGGGCAGCAGCAGCAGCAGCAGCAGCAGACGCAGCAGCAGGAAGAACAGCCGCAGCAGCAGAGGCAGCAGCAGCAGCAGCAACAGCCCCAGCAGGAGCAGCAGCAGCAGGAGCAGCAGCAGCAGCAACAGCAGCAGCAGCCUUCGGAGUCCUCAAAGCCUGAGAUAGGGCAGCCUGAUCAGCAUGAGCAGCAGCAUCUGCAGCCACGGGAGCAGCAGCGAGAGCAGCAGCAACAGCCGCAGCAACCAGCACAAGGUUCUGCUGAGCCUCACGACAAUCAGCAGCAGCAGCAGCAGCAGCAGCAAGAGGAGUCCCCGCAGCGGCAGCUAGGGUCCGAGAGCAGGUCUAGCCAGCAGCAGCAGCAGCAGCAGGCGGAGCCUAUGGAGGAAGAGCUCCAGCAGCAAAAACAACUGCAGCAGUUGCAGCAGGAGCUGAAGCAGCAGCAACCACGGGAGGAGGAGCAGCAGCAGCAGCAUGAUUCCCCACAACGACGCCGCAAGCAGCAGCAGGAGCAGCAACAGCAGCAGGAGCCGAUACAGCAGGAGCAGCAGCAGCAUUCUGUGGAUCGAGCGCAGCAGCAGCAAGAGCAUGGCCCUCCAGAAGGGCAGGGGCAGCAGCAGCAAGAGCAUGAGCCUCAGGAGGGCCAGGAGCAGCAGCAGCAGCAGGAGCAGCAGCAGCAGCAGGAGCAGCAGCAGCAGCAGGAGCAGCAGCAGCAGCAACCUAGGAAGCCCCGCUGGGCUGAUAUGGGAGAUGACCCAGACGCAGAUGAAGUGGGAUUUCCUGAUUACUUUGGGCAGCAGCUGCUGCAGCAGCAGUGGCUGCAGCAGCAGCUGCUGCAGGAGCACAUGCAGCAGCACAUGAGACAACGGAUUAUACAGCCACCGAAGGAAGACAGCAGUAAGGCCUUCUAA